GGAGGCGGCUGAAGGAAUCUAACCAGCGAGUCUCAGUGAAGGGGGACACUCGGGGAACCGGCCGCUGCGAGCACAAGUAUCCAGCCUUCAUUAGCUACAUGACCGGAGACUUUAUCGGCAGUGAAAACAGGAAGUGACCAUGAUGACAGUCCUGGGCAGCGCCGGUCGCUUGAUCCAAUUUGCCAGGAGCGGCGUCAGUCUGAGUGUAAGGAGACGCUCCACUGCUGCUGCUUUAGCCCAGACAUCGACUCCAGAAACACAGGACAACAGGAAACCUAAGACGGGCAUCUUGAUGCUGAACAUGGGAGGACCUGAGAAACUAGAGGACGUGCACGACUUCCUGCUGCGGUUGUUCAUGGACACAGAUCUGAUGAAACUCCCCAUACAGAAUAAACUCGGCCCGUUCAUCGCCAAGCGCCGCACGCCAAAGAUCCAGGAGCAGUACAGCAAGAUCGGAGGAGGCUCGCCCAUCAAACACUGGACCUCAAUGCAGGGGGAGGGCAUGGUGAAGCUGCUGGACGAGAUGAGUCCUGAGACGGCUCCUCACAAGUUCUACAUCGGUUUCCGGUACGUUCAGCCGCUGACGGAGGAAGCCAUCGAGGCGAUGGAGAAGGACGGGGUGGAGAGAGCUGUGGCCUUCACACAGUAUCCUCAGUACAGCUGCUCCACCACAGGCAGCAGUCUGAACGCCAUCUACCGUUACUACAGAAACAGAGGAGACAGGCCGAAAAUGCGCUGGAGUGUCAUCGACCGUUGGCCCACACACCCUCUGCUGGUGGAGUGUUUUGCAGAUCACAUCCGUAACGAGCUGCUGAAGUUUCCAGAGGAGAAGAGAGACGACGUUGUCAUUCUGUUCUCAGCACACUCACUUCCUAUGGCUGUUGUAAACAGAGGCGACCCGUAUCCUCAGGAAGUCGGAGCCACUGUUCAGAGAGUCAUGGAGAGACUGGGACACUGUAACCCUUACAGACUAGUGUGGCAGUCCAGGGUGGGGCCCAUGCAGUGGCUUGGCCCCCAGACAGACGACGUGAUCAAAGGUCUGUGUGAGAGAGGGAAGAAGAACAUUCUGCUGGUGCCCAUCGCCUUCACCUCAGACCACAUAGAGACUUUACACGAGUUGGACAUCGAGUAUGGACAGGUGCUGGGGGAGGAGUGCGGGGUGGAGAACAUCAAGAGAGCGGAGUCACUGAACGGGAACCCUCUAUUCAUGAAGGCUCUGGCGGACCUGGUCCAGUCCCACUUGAAGUCCAACCAGCCCUGUUCCCGUCAGCUGACCCUCCGGUGCCCACUGUGCACCAACCCCACCUGUGGAGAGACCAAGGCCUUCUUUGCUGGCCAGACGCUCUCAUAGAAACAAACACGCACACACUCGGGUGCCCUUCCUACAGCAAAGCUACCUGUAAACAACUUAAGGCCUUCUCCAAUAAACAGAUGACUUAUACACACACACGCACAUACGCACACUGUCUCUCAAGCUAGAGUGUCGGUUAGUUAGAAAACACAUCAUUAAAAACGGGACAAAUGGUUUCUGCAAAUACAUUGUGACGUUUGUUUCCUCGUGCCGUUAUGUCAGACGGGAAGAGUUUAACCACUUUACAACUUUACUUUUUAGGAAAAAAUGUGAGUUACAUAUUAGGAUUUAGUGAAUCAUAUUUAAAUAAUCAGAGGAAUAGGCUUUAUUAGGCUUAGAAUACACAUUAUGUUUUCAUGGGAUUUGUAGAAAACCCACUGGUUAACACAAAUGCCCUUAUAUGGAUUUGAGGAUACCAUUUGGCAAAAAAUCUGUGGAUAAAAGAACUGACACUCUACAGAAACCGCUCACAUCAAAGCUACAGGGAAAGUACUUGUACUAGUUUUUUUGUUAGUUUUUUUUGUUCUUUUUGUUUUUCUUAUUGCAGCUCCCUUGGUUACAUUCCAUUGGCUUAGCCCCUGCAAACACCCAUCAGAGACCCUGGUUAUUUAUUUAGCGCUACGACGACACCACUCACAACGCAUCGGGUCACUUGGCUGUUUCUCUCGCCCGCCUUCUCACCCGCCACUUGACCCCCCAUGCAUGUCCUGCUGCAAUCCUUGCAAUGUGAUUGGAGGAGGUUGGUGCUGCUCAGAGAGCUAACUGAAACAGAACGUAGUGUGAUUUCUACAGUGAAACAGAGUACAGUUGUAGUCCAUCUAUAAUAAAAAAGAAAUCUAAUUUAAAAGUUGUCGGGACUUUUCAGGGUGUCAUGAUAUAAUGUUUGGGGUAUUGCGAGAUGAUUUACAAGCUAAGAAAAAAUAUUUUGUUAAUAUACAAAUUCAUAAACACGUAUUUUUUUAUUUUGUGCUUUUUGUCUGCCGCUGGUAACAAAUCAAAAACUGAAAAGGGGAAGUUGAGCUGUUCAGCUCUCGACAUAUGCAACCCACCAAAAAAACAAACUCGCGCAAUUCUUCAUUUUGAGAGAUUAAAGUAAUUCGAUAUAAACAAGGCUGAUCGAAGAGAAAAAAAGUUGUAGCAGUAAAAAAAAAAGUUGACAUAUUGAGGAGUGCAGGUUCGUACGCCUCAGAAUGUGAGACUGUAUCGCAGCUUCAGGGUGAGGGAAGCUACCAGUGAGUCAUUUUAACAGAAAUGAUAUACAUCAGGCUAUGAAAGCGCUCUUGAUGGAAAAGAACACUGGUUUUGCUUCUGGUUUUGAAAUGCACACAAGCGCUACAGUAGUCUUUUCCCAAAUGAACAAUGGUGGUACCCAUAUUUGUGUCAAUGUUAUGUUUUAGGUUCUGCUUCUACAUAUAUGUCCGAAAAAGUCUCUAAGCUGCGUCAUUGGAAUCUCGCUCUGACUUUUCAAUCAAAUGCCAUUGACAUACUUUUUUUUAGGUUUCAGAUUGUUAAACUGAAUCCUCUCACUAAUUACUCGAUAAGUUACUGAAAGCCAUUUUGAGUCUCUGAGCUCAUUAUGUACAGAUACAACUGUUCCUUAUCAACACUGAUCUAAGACUUUGAUUCAACAAAAUAGAUGUCAGAUUUCGGCAGAUUUAGCGCUUCACAGAAACCAUUAGUUCUUUCACGGUGAGCACACUGUAUAGGCUGUACAAUUGAAGCAACAGGUGAUCAAGACAAAAACAUUUUUUACAAAUGAAUGCUGAUAAUAUAUCUUUGUAGGUGUGAUAAGAGCAGGAAACAAUGUCACUACACACUGGAAUUGUUCUUCAAUAGCAAGAUGCAGUAUGUGUUUGUUACAAAUACCAUAUAGACACUUAGCACAGGUAAAAGUGUAGGAUAAGAAUUUAGUUUUAAAGUAGACUGACUCUCACUUGUGUCUGCCUUAACCCUAAUGCAGUCUUUUUUGUCAUCCACUCACACUACCCUGAUUACAAUGAAGUAAAUAAAUAUGAAAAAACUAAUCAAUUUAAGUUGAUGGGCUGAAUUAAAUACAUUUUUAUUUAGUUUUUGCCAUCAGGUGUUACAUAUUAUAUAUAUAUAUAUAUAUAUAUACUUAUAAAAUCUCUUUUAACGUGUUGAAAACCAGAAUUAAAUAUCCUCAGCUGGGUUUUCUAAUUCCGAAUUGCCCUAAAUUAACUCUGAUCAGUCCAAAUUUAGCAAACAGUGUGCUAACUAGAUAGAGGGUGUGUCAUUCAACGGCUGGCAGAGUUUCUGCAAAGCCCUCAUCACUGCCAGUUGCAUAUAAGAAAAUAUCAAAUAUAGAUUACUGUAGCAACUGUACACUGUGUAUAUCUGGUGGGAACAAAAUGUUACAAAUAUGUAACGCGAUCAGGAAACUAGCUGAUAAAGGCUACUUGUUCGACGUGAUUGAGUACACAUGCACGACCUCUCCUAAGUUGUAAUAUAUAUUUCCGAUCCUCAAGUUCUCCUCAUAAUGUGGGGAAAAUACAGCCAACCAACUUGCAAACAUGCACUGUUGUGCUCACUCGCUAGUUAUUUAGAUCGCUAACUUGUGUUUGGCAUUUGCAGGACCUAGUCACUCUCAGAUCUGCCUUUUUUCCUGUCGGUACAGACAGCGUACAUUGGUGCUUUUGGAUGUGGUUGUCAUUGAUAUUUCAACUCAUUCUCACUCAAUAAAAACAGUGUUGCUUUGUGCUUUCAGUGCUCUUCCAUAGGUUUGAAAGGGAUGGUUUUGUCUUUGAGGAAUGCUGUACCCAGAGUUCUUUGUUUUAUGCCUCUUCAUGCAUAACUGAAGGUAUUCCAAUGGCAAUAUGAGCAUAGCUUAGCUCAAUAACUGGAUGUUAGUGGGUUCCAUUGUCAUCGCAGUUUAAAGGAGCAUUUUCCCUUCUUUUUUGUCUAGAGCUGCCAAAUGAUCCCCCAGACAUUAAGCUAAGCUAAGCUAGCCUCGCUGUGAUACGAUACCAUCAAGCUGCAUAUUGGUGAGACAAAGGUAAAAUUCCUCUAAAACUCAACUGUCACUUUAAUUCAACUAUAACUUGGUAAAAGUCAGAUUUCAGGAACACAUGCUAAUGUCUGUUACGGCCGGGUUUUCCUUCCACCGUUAUCUUAUUUAUUUUUAAUUAUCCUCUGUGUGUCUGUUUUGACAAAUCUGUGUUCUGUGUCUGUAGCUGAAAACGCAUUUUGCAGAGUUUGCGUUGUACAUAUAAUAAAGACGCUACGGAUAUGUUGCAGCUCUGGCAUUCUUUUUCUGUUUGGAAUUAUUUAUUUUUGUCUUUUUGAUUGUGUUGCAGACCACACAAAUCAUCUUGUCUCUUACAUGUUUUUUUAAUAUGUAUAUGGUAUUAGCAGUGCGAUUACACGUAAUGACGAGUCUUCCUUAAAAACUAA